AUGCACAUGCAAGCUAUUCGUCGUACGCUCCUCUUGAACAGGGCUUCCUUGAUCAGGGCUCCUAUCGCUGUUAGGGGCUAUGCCACCGGUUACGGUGACCCCACACCCAACACUCCCAACGAAACGGCUCAGAAGGGCUCUCAGGCCGAACACCCCGGGCCUCGUCCUGAGGAGGCGGACGAGCAGGGUGGCUCGACCUUUGGUGAGGAGGAGAGUUCGAGGGGAAAAGCGCAAGCUGGGGGCACGGACAAGAAGAGUGGUAGCAAGGAGAAGAAGUCCUCCACCGAGGAGAAGCCCACCGAGAAGAAGUCCACCGAGAAGAAGCCUAAGAAGUCCUCGAAGAAGAAGACUGAGUCGACAAACACCGAGACGACCGGAGCGGAAAAAGAUAAGCACGGGAAACCCAAGACAGAGAAACAACCCGGCCAGCCCGCCCACGCGGCAAACCCCAAAUCCGGUACCGGGUCCCCUAACCAAGGCUCCGUCGCGACUGGGUCCAUCACUGACUCCUCUAUCGGCGAAUCUCUCCAACACAAGGACGACAACCAGUCUCUCGGCAAGGGUAAGGACACCACCGAUCAGUUUGACAAGAAGGUAGAAGUUGCGUCGCAUGAGCCGGGGGCACCGCAGGGGAGUGAGAUGGUACAGGAUGCGUUGAAGGUGGGAACGAGUAGUGGGGAUGGGUUGAGUGAUACGGAGCAGAAGGUGAAUAAGGACUUUUGGGCGGGGAGUGGGGGAAGGGAUAAGGAGCCUUAA